AUGGGGGAGCGGGAUGGCGAGGCGGGCAGCAGGGCCGGUGCAAACGGGGGCGAAGGAAGUUGCCACGAACCAGACCAAGGGACCCCCAGCGGUGCUCAGGGCGCUGCCAUGCGCCUUCCCCAGUGGCUCGUCCUCCUGGCCAGCCUCGUCCCGCCAGGGACCCCCAGCGGUGCUCAGGGCGCUGCCAUGCGCCUUCCCCAGUGGCUCGUCCUCCUGGCCAGCCUCGUCCCGCCAGCCCUCGGCUCGUGGGGGGUCGCCUACCCCGAGGUCCUGCAGGGCGUCAGGGACUCCUGCAUAGUGGUUCCCUGCACCCUGAGCUACCCGGCCAACGUGGCAACCGGCGACGGCAUCGUGGCCAUCUGGUACAAGGAUUACGACAACCAGAAAACGCUGGUGUACCACUCGGCGGCCCAGGAGGUGGAUGCUCGCUUCAGGGGCCGUGCUCAGCUCCUGGGGGACCCUGCUGCUCGCAACUGCACCCUGCUGCUGAGGGGGGUGACGCCGGAGGACAGCGGGCCCUACAGGUUCCGCUUCGAGAUCGUCAACGGUGACCGGUGGUCGGCGGCGCGGGAUGUGAUGCUGAGCAUUUCGGACGACCUCGCGCGCCCGAGUACUGCCGCCAGCGAGGAGCAAACCGAGGGGCAAACGUCCACCUUGGAGUGCUCCACACCCUACGCCUGCCCGCCGGGAGACAUCGCCCUGCGCUGGGAGGGCUACGACCCCCAGGUCUCGGUGGUAUCCAGCCACGUCCAGCUGGACACGAGUGGGGUCGGCCACCACCUGACCCUCACCACCUCCUUCUCCUGGAAGGAUCACUCCAAAAAGCUGCUCUGUGAAGUUUCUUACGGCUCCAGGAAGGCGACUGGGGAGGUCGCCCUGCGGGCGGACGCCCCUAAGGACACCCAAGUGUCAGUCAGCCGCUCUGCGCAGAACAUCCGCGUGGGCGACACGGUCUCCCUCACCUGCGAGGUGACCAGCAGCUACCCCCCCGUCUCGACGUACCACUGGUACAAGGAUGGGACGGCCAUAGGCAGUGAGCGGAUCCUGACUUUCCGGGGCGUUCGCCGCGAGGACUACGGGCAGUACCACUGCGAAGCCAAGAACGCCAUCGGGGCUGGCGUGGCACCCACCGUGACGCUCUACGUCUUCUGUAAGUGCCAGGGGAGCUCGCUGGCGGCCGGGGUGGCCCCUCGGGGCGGCGGGGGCAUUGCCGGAGGAGGAGCGGGGCCGCAGGAGCGGGAGGGAGUUUACCCAGCGAGUCCCGGCUGGGGUGGACAGGGGUUGGCACCAAGGUGGCCGGCCAUCCUGAACAUGCUCCCAUCUCCGUCAGCUGCAGAGAUCUUGGUGAGCCCCGCGGCCGAGGUGCAGGAGGGGACGGCCACCACCUUGUCCUGUGACGUCCCUGGCAGGGAGGGCCAGGACCUCAACUACACCUGGUACAAGAACAGCGCCUGGCUCAAGGAGGGCACGGUGCACACCCUGCUCUUCCACCAUGUAGCCGCCAGCGACACCGGCUAUUACUCCUGCAAGGUGACAAAUGACCAGGGCAGUGACACGUCCCAGGCCAUCAGCCUGAGUGUGACAUACCCCCCCCGGACCCCCACCAUCACGCUCUUCCAGGAGUCGCAGGGCGGCAGGCUGGUCAUCGUCCACUGCGCCGUGGACAGCCCCCCCCCAGCCACCGCUGCGCCGGCAUCUACGGAGGUCCUGAUCCGGCCCUCGGUGGAGGUGCGGGAAGGGACAGCCGUCACCCUGACCUGCCUGGGGGCUUGGGGCGCGGCGGAGGAGACCCUCUACACCUGGUACAGGAACAGCAAGCGGCUGCAGGAGAGCUCAGCCCCGACGCUGCACUUCCCCUCCGUCCACGGCGAGGAUGCAGGCGCUUUCCAGUGCAGGGUCCAGAGCAGCGACGGCAGCGACACGUCAGCGGCCGUCCCGCUCCGUGUGCUCUUCCCACCGAGGCAACCGGUGAUGAGCUCCUUCCUGGAGACCCAGGGUGGGCACCUCGGCAUCAUCCAGUGCACCACUGAGAGUGACCCAGAGGCCAACCUGACCCUAUGGAGAGGACAAGAAGUAAUAGCCUGCACCUGGGGCUGCCCCGCAGCCCCCAACCCCAGGGUCCACGCCACCUUGUCGUACAACAGCCUGAAGGUGGAGAUCCGGGAGGUGGUGCUGGAGGACGAGGGGACCUACGUGUGCUGGGCUGGGAACCCGCAGGGCAACGCCAGCGCGGCUGUGGACUUCAGGGCUGAGACUGCCAGCAUCGCAGUGGCUCCGUCCUCCCACGUGCUGGAAGGCCACGCCGCCAACCUGACCUGCCGGCUGAGCAGCGACUCCCCGGCUCUGCCCAACUUCACCUGGUACCAAAAUGGGCAGUGGCUCGCCGAGGGCUCGGCCGCCUCCCUGGUGUUUCGGCAAGUGGCCAGCACGGACGCGGGUCUCUACCACUGCAGAGCCACCACCGACGGCAGCAGCCGGAGCUCCCCCGCCAUCUCCCUGGACGUGCUGUACCCCCCGCGGGACCCCCAGCUGACGGCGUUCCUGGAGACGGGGAGAGGCCGCCUGGCCAUCUUCCAGUGCUUGGUGGCCAGCAACCCUCCCGCCCGGCUGGCCCUGCACCGGGAUCCUCCGCGGGUGCCGGUGCUGACGACCUUCCUGGAGGCCCCCAAGGAGCAGCAGGGUGUCCUGCAGUGCACGGUGGACAGCAGCCCGCAGGCAGAGCUGGCUCUCUUCAAGGACCAGGCGCUGGUGGCCUCCACGGCGCUGCCCCAGCCCACCACCCCGCCGCGGCUCAGCGUCACCUUGGCCUUCAACAUGCUGCGGGUCAGCAUCCACCCCGUGCUGCUGGAGGACGAGGGGGAGUACGUGUGCUCCGCCAGCAAUGCCUACGGCAACGCCAGCACCGCGGUGAACUUCACGGCAGGCACUGCCAGGGUCUGGAUCUCCCCCUCCCCGGACGUCCGGGAAGGCGCCGGCGGCAACCUGACCCACCCCCCCAGGAAUCUGCAGAUGAAGGCCUUCGUGGAGAGCGGCGAGGGGACAGCAGUCAUCCUCUUCUGCGCUGUUGAGAGCAACCCCCUGUCCGAGAUCACCCUGCUCAAGGGGGGGCAGCCGGUGGCCUCCAGCCCCCCCGCGGGAGGUGACCACCCUGGGCAGAGCGGCCACAUCUCCCCCGCUCCCAACGCACUGAGGCUGGAGCUCCGGGACGCCUCCGAGGAGGACGAGGGCGAGUACGAGUGCCAGGCACGCAGCCCUCUAGGCAGCGCCCGUGCAUCCCUGCCCCUCCGUGUGCAGGCCGUCAGGGUGGUGGUGCGACCCUCUGCCGAGGUGCCCGAGGGGACCGAUCUGCCCUGCCGGGACACGGGCGCCCGCCCGGGCACCGUCUACACCUGGUACAAGAACGGGCGGUGGCUGGCGGAGGGGCUCGACGCCUCCCUCGUCCUCCCCGGUGCCCGGCGCACGGACGCGGGUGCCUACGCCUGCCUGGCGGGGAGGGGGCUGCGCGGCCGCCGGGCCCCCCCCCCCGCCCUGCCGCGGCCCUAUGCACCUCAGGAGCCAUCCUUCAUCUCCUUGGUGGAGCCCCGGGGGGGGCGGCAGGCCGUCCUGCUCUGCACCGUCGACAGCUUCCCACCCUCCGACAUCGUCCUGCACCGGGGUCCCGGCCACGCGCCGCUGGCCUCCACGCAGGGCCCGGCUGACCCGCGCUUCACCGUCCAGGGGGCCCCCAACUCCCUGCGGGUGGGGAUGGGGGACCUGGAGCCGCGGGACGCGGGGCUUUACGUCUGCUCAGCCAACAACAGCUACGGCACAGCAUCCUCGUCCCUGCGCCUGGAUGUGGGAGGGGUCACAGUCACAGUUGAGCCCUCGCCAGAAGUCCCCGAAGGCACCACAGCCACCAUGAACUGCUCGGCCAUCCCUUGGGUGGGGGAAGAGGCCAACUACACCUGGUACAAGAACAGCCGGUGGCUGCGGGAGGGACCGGCCAGCUCCCUCGUCCUGGCCCCUGUCUCCAGCAUCGACACCGGCUCCUACCGCUGCCGGGCGAGCGGGACGCGGGGCAGCGCUGCCUCGGCCCCGCUCAGCCUCAAUGUGCUCUACCCCCCCCGGGACGUGUCCGUCAGCACCUUCUUGGAGAACCGCAGCGGGCGGGUGGGCAUCGUGCUGUGCACGGCCGACAGCCACCCGGCUUCCACCAUCGCCCUUCUGGCCCCUGGCCCCACCUCCCACAACUCGCUCCGGGUGGAGCUUGGGGCUGUGGGGCCGGAGGACUCAGGGGAGUACACCUGCGUGGUCGGCAACCGCCUGGGCAACGCCACGGCCAGCGCCUACUUCGACAUGCGCACUCUCACCCACCUCCUGGCCUUCACCAUCCUGGCCGGGCUGCUCACGGCCGUGAUCUGCGUGGCCGCCCUUGCCCUCCUGGCUGUGAAGCUGUGGCCCAGGUAA